AUGUCGGUUAUCACUUUCCCAGGGCCCCAGGCUUUGAGUGCCUUUAGAGUGGAAAACUUGAUCAAGGGCAUCGAAUCGUAUUGCAAUAGCUCUUCCGUUAUUUCGGAAGUGCGGUCGUGCUACAUCCACUACGUCGAUGUUGAGGGGAAGCAACCACUAACAGAGGAAGCCACCAAGCUACUGGAAGUUCUUUUGACGUACGAUAUCGCCUUGGACGAAAGCGACGUUUAUGCCCAGGAACUCAAGACCGCGGUGCAAAACAACUCAGCAGAAUUGAGUUCCGACACUUAUCUCAUCAGGAUUCUACCUAGACCUGGCACGAUCUCACCAUGGUCUUCCAAAGCAACCAACAUUGCGCGUGUUUGUGGGCUGGACGCGAACAUUGGUCGUAUUGAGCGUGGUGAGGCUCUGCUGAUCAAGACUGUUCCUGGAUUCCCACUUUUGGAAAACUUGAAUGAUAUCUCUUUGAAGUCGUGCUACGAUAGAAUGACCCAAAAGCUGUAUGUGCUGGAGUCACCUCAACCGGAGACUAUGUUCUCACAUCAGUCGCCAAAACCUCUGGCCCAUGUCCCACUAGCCUCUGACAGUUCGGCUUCUCCCAGAACAAUUCUCGAGAAAGCCAACCAAGACCUUGGUCUUGCUCUAGACAAAGGCGAAAUCGACUACCUUAUUCACGCAUUUGUUGAGACACUGCAUAGAGAUCCUUCCGAUGUAGAGCUGUUCAUGUUCGCCCAAGUUAACUCCGAACAUUGUCGUCACAAAAUCUUCAACGCUGAAUGGACCAUCGAUGGUCUGAAGAAGGAUUUGUCACUCUUCAAGAUGAUUAGAAACACACACGCUCACACAUCCGAAUAUACCAUUAGCGCGUACUCUGAUAAUUCUGCUGUCUUAGAAACCGGUAACGAAGCUUACUACUACGCACCUGAUUUCAAAUCUAAAGAGUGGAAAGCUGUCAAGGAAAACGUGCCUAUGCUAGUGAAAGUUGAAACUCACAACCAUCCAACCGCUGUUUCGCCUUUUUCUGGGGCUGCCACAGGUUCUGGUGGUGAAAUCAGAGACGAAGGUGCCACCGGAAGAGGUUCCAAGUCCAAGUGUGGACUAAGCGGCUUUGCAGUUAGUGAUCUGUUGAUUCCAGGUCACAAACAGCCCUGGGAGCUGGAUGUUGGAAAGCCCAACCACAUCGCUUCUUCUUUAGAUAUUAUGAUCGAAGCACCAUUGGGUUCCGCAGCCUUCAAUAACGAAUUUGGUAGACCAUGUAUCAAUGGGUACUUCAGAACUCUAACCACUAAAGUUUCGAACUCUGAAAACAAAGAAGAAAUCAGAGGAUUUCAUAAGCCUGUUAUGCUUGCAGGGGGUUUGGGUGCUGUUAGACCUCAAUUUGCCUUGAAAAACAAGCCAAUAACACCUGGCUCAUGUCUGAUCGUUCUAGGUGGUGAAUCGAUGCUCAUCGGUCUCGGCGGGGGGGCUGCGUCUUCUGUCAACGCUGGUGAAGCCUCUGUGGACCUAGAUUUUGCCUCCGUGCAAAGAGGAAACCCCGAAAUGGAGCGUCGUUGUCAGCAAGUUAUUGAUGCAUGCAUUUCGUUGAAUUCCGGAAAUCCAAUUCAGUCCAUCCAUGAUGUUGGUGCUGGGGGUCUGUCAAAUGCUUUGCCUGAGCUUGUCCAUGACAACAACCUAGGCGCCAAGUUCGACAUAAGAAAAGUUUUGUCUUUGGAACCUGGUAUGUCGCCGGUUGAAAUCUGGUGUAAUGAAUCCCAGGAGCGUUAUGUUCUUGGCGUGUCACAACAAAACUUGAGUUUGUUCGAGGAAAUCUGUGAAAGAGAAAGAGCACCUUACGCUGUUGUAGGACAUGCGACCGCAGAGCAAAGACUGAUUGUUGAAGACUCGCGUUUGAACGAAACCCCAAUCGAUCUAGAGAUGUCGGUUUUGUUUGGCAAACCUCCUAAAAUGACUAGAGAAGCUUUGACUCAACCACUAGCUCUUCCUGAAGCUAAUCUGGAUGUAAUUCCUUCGCUUGAAGAUGCUGUCAAUAGAGUCCUGAGCUUGCCAUCUGUUGGGUCCAAAUCCUUUUUGGUCACUAUUGGUGACAGAACUGUUACUGGGCUUGUUGAUAGAGACCAGUUCGUUGGUCCAUGGCAAGUCCCUGUUGCAGACGUUGGUGUGACCGGAACUGCUCUGGGUGACCAAAUUUGCCGUUCAGGUGAAGCUCUGGCGAUGGGAGAAAGACCAACCAACGCUUUAAUUUCGGCCGGUGCAUCUGCGAAACUAUCUGUGGCGGAGUCGCUACUAAAUCUGCUAGCUGCUGAUGUGAAGUCCUUGAAGCAUAUCAAACUUUCAGCCAAUUGGAUGUCACCUGCUUCUCAUCAAGGUGAAGGCGCUAAACUCUACGAAGCCGUCCAGGCAAUUGGUAUCGAUUUAUGUCCCGACUUGGACAUCGCCAUCCCUGUUGGUAAAGACUCCAUGUCCAUGAAAAUGAAAUGGGGUGAAAAAGAGGUCACCGCUCCUCUCACACUGAACAUUACAGCUUUUGGUCCCGUCAACGACACUUCUAACACUUGGACCCCAGUUUUGAGAAGAGAGGAAGGUACUGUUUUGGUUCUCGUUGACCUCGCCGCUGGACUAGCCAAACAUUCUCUUGGCGGUUCUGCUCUACUCCAGGUCUACAACCAGGUUGGUAACACUUCGCCCACUGUGCAUAACAACAAGGUAUUCAAGGGCUUGCUAGAAGCAUUGCUGGAUCUACAUCAGACCGAUUUAGUAUACUCUUACCACGAUAGAUCUGAUGGUGGAUUGUUUGUUACUUUGGCUGAAAUGGCAUUCGCUUCUAGAUGUGGUCUUGACAUCAUUCUAGAUAAAUCGUCUGAUGUUUACACUCCACUUUUCAACGAAGAGCUCGGUUGCGUUUUCCAAAUUUCUGAGGAUAAGAUCACGGAUCUUGAGGAGCUCUUUAACAAACGUGGAGUUUCUUCUCAAUACAUUUCGAUUGUUGGUAGACCUAGAUUUGACUCGCAGAAAAUAACAGUCACAGAUAAAUCUGGUUUUGUUCAAUUUGAGAGUGAAAGAUCAUUACUGCAAAAGACAUGGACUGCAACCUCUUAUCAAAUCCAGAAAAUGAGAGACAAUCCAAUUACUGCUGAUCAGGAAUUUUCCAGUAUCGCUGAUGAUAAGGACCCUGGUGUGCAUUAUUCUUUGACUUAUGAUCCUGUUGACGAAAUGGGACUCGCUAAACUUGCCUCUUCCAGGCCAAAGGUGGCAAUUCUAAGAGAACAAGGUGUCAAUGGACAAAUGGAAAUGGCUUGGUGCUUCCAGCAAGCUGGUUUCACUGCGAUUGACGUUACAAUGACAGACUUGCUAGAAGGAAGAGUCCACUUGGAUGACUUUGUCGGUUUUGCGGCAUGCGGUGGGUUCUCCUAUGGUGACGUGCUUGGUGCCGGUGCCGGGUGGGCAAAGUCUGUCUUAUAUCAUGAAGGGCUUCGUAAGCAAUUCGUCAGAUUUUUCAACGAAAGAGACGACACCUUCGCUUUUGGUGCUUGUAAUGGUUGUCAAUUUUUGAGUAGACUAAAAGAUAUUAUUCCAGGAUGCGAAAACUGGCCCAGCUUCGAAAGAAAUGCAAGUGAGCAGUACGAGGCCCGUGUUGCAAUGGUUGAAAUAUCACAAGACGAAGGUUGCAAAACGGACAGCAUCUUUUUCAAUGGUAUGAUCGGCUCUAAACUACCUAUUGCGGUUGCGCAUGGCGAAGGUAGGGCUGCAUUUAAAAACGAAACCGAAAUGGAGAAGUUCGAACAACAAGGCCUAUCCAGCAUUAGAUACGUGGAUAAUUAUGGGAAUGUUACCAAAAACUAUCCCUUCAAUCCUAACGGUGCCACGAACAGCAUCGCUGGUGUAAGAUCUCCAAACGGAAGGGUCCUUGCGAUGAUGCCUCAUCCUGAGCGUGUUUGCAGACUAGAAGCCAACUCUUGGUACCCUUCGGAAAAAUACGAUGAAUGGCAAGGAUAUGGACCUUGGAUAAGAAUGUUCAGGUCUGUCAGAAAGUGGGUUGGAUAA